GCGACUUUUCCGGGUGAUGCGUCUGUGAGAGAAGGGAGGCAAACGAGAACAAUUCAAAAUGGGAGACAAGGAUAGUGUGGAGAAGUACCUGGAGAACAAUCCCCAGUUCGCCAAAGAGUACUUUGACAAAAAGUUGAGCCCGGAAGUGAUAGCGACAACGUUCGCAGAAAAUCUCAAAGAUCAAUCUUCCUUCAAAGAUGUCUCCCAAAUUCAGGAGGCCAACAUCAUCUAUGACCUGGUCAAAGAAAUGCAAUCGCAAAUAGUUAUGGAAAAGGUAUUGCACAAGGUCCUGCAGAGAGUUUGCUUGAUUUUGAACGCAGACCGGUGCAGUUACUUUGGUCUUCGAGCUAGAAAUGGAAUACCUGAGCUUACAACGACGCUCUUCAAUGUCACCCCUACCUCCAAAUACGAAGAAAACCUUGUCAACCCCGCUAGUGAGAUUGUGUUUCCAACCGAUAUGGGUGUAGUUGGAUACACAGCGCACUCCAAAAAGAUGCACAACAUUCCGGAUGUUACAAAGAAUAACCGCUUCAGUGACUUUGUGGACAAGCAGACAGGAUACAAAACCAAAAACAUGCUCACAUUCCCCAUGAUGGCUGAUAAGGAUUGCCUUGGUGUUGCCAUGGCACUAAACAAAAUUGGGGCUGAAGAAUUCUCAAAAGCCGAUGAGGAACUCUGGAACAAGUACUUGGUCUUUGCCCAAGUCAUUGCCACGCAGCAUCACACUGCAUACAUGUUCAACGUGGAAUCCAGGAAAGGUCAGGUCCUUCUGUGGUCUGCCAGCAAAGUAUUUGAAGAGUUGACAGACAUUGAGAGACAGUUCCACAAAGCUCUGUACACUGUGAGAAUCUACCUCAAUUGUGAAAGAUACUCCGUGGGUCUCUUGGACAUGACCAAAGAGAAGGAGUUCUACGAUGAGUGGCCAGUGAAGCUGGGAGACGUACCGCCAUACAGCGGACCAAAGACCCCCGACGGAAGGGAAGUCAUCUUCUACAAGAUCAUCGACUAUCUCUUAGAAGGACCCAAAGAGGAAAUCAAAGUUAUACCGGGUCCUCCUAUUGACCACUGGGCCCUGGUGAGUGGGCUCCCCACUUACGUGUCAGAGAACGGCUAUAUUUGUAACAUGAUGAAUGUUGCCGCUGAUGAGUACUUCACAUUCCAGAAAGAGGCUGUGGAUGAGUCAGGUUUCGUCAUCAAGAACGUCUUGUCCCUUCCCAUCGUCAACAAAAAGGAAGAAAUUGUGGGUAUUGCCACUUUCUUCAACAGGAAAGAUGGUAAACCAUUCGACGAGCACGACGAACAGAUCACUGAGGCCCUCACCCAGUUCCUGGGAUGGUCGGUGUUGAACUGCGACACGUACGACAGACUGAACAGAAUGGAGUGGAGAAAGGACAUCGCCCAGGAGAUGCUCAUGUGCCAGACUAGAUGCACCAACACAGAAAUGCAGAGUAUCCUGAACACAAAGGAAAAGUUUGAUGCGGAUCCAGAGGACUGUGACCAGAAAGAGAUGUACAAACUCUUGAGAUCAAAUUGUCCUGUGGCCAUAGACGUCGACCUGCUCCUGUUCUCCUUCAGUGACUUCCCUGUGACUGAGCACGGCCUCAUCAUGUGCGGGAUUCGCUGCUUCUUUGAGCUGAACGUGGUGGAGAAGUUCAAAGUGCCAGCAGAGACCCUCACGCGAUGGAUGUACACUGUCCGGAAAGGUUACCGUGACAUCACCUACCACAACUGGAGACACGGCUUCAACGUGGGCCAGACCAUGUUCUGUCUUCUACAGACUGGCAGGUUGAGGAAAUAUUACUCUGACCUGGAUGCCUUUGCCAUGGUGGCCGCUGCAUUCUGCCACGAUAUUGACCACCGGGGGACCAACAACUUAUACCAGACAAAGAGUGGAUCGCCUUUAGCCAAACUACACGGAUCCUCCAUCAUGGAGAGGCACCAUUUGGAGUAUAGCAAGACGCUCAUGGCAGAGGAGAGCCUGAACAUCUUUGUGAAUCUCCAGAAGCGUCAGUUUGAGACUGUACAGCACUUGUUUGACGUCUGCAUCAUUGCCACUGAUCUGGCCUUGUACUUCAAAAAAAGAACAAUGUUCCAGAACAUUGUGAACGCCACUGAGCCAAUGGAAACCGAGAAGGAUAAAAUCGAUCAUAUUUCCAACAACCCAAUCAGGAAGGAAAUUAUCAUGGCCAUGAUGAUGACAGGUUGUGACUUGUCUGCCAUCACCAAACCAUGGGAUGUCCAGAGCAAGGUGGCUCUUAUGGUCGCAGCUGAGUUCUGGGAGCAAGGUGACUUGGAAAGGACCGUUCUCGAUCAGCAACCCAUUCCCAUGAUGGACAGAAACUGUGCGGCGGAGUUACCCAAGAUGCAGUGUGGUUUCAUUCAGUUUGUGUGUGCGUUCGUGUACAAGGAAUUCUCAAGGUUCCACGUAGAGAUCACCCCCAUGUUUGAUGGGCUGAACAUCAACCUAAAGAACUGGAAAGAGCUGGCCGACAUCCACGCCGCCAAGAUGGCGGCCAUCGAGGAAGAGAAAAAGAAGCUUGAGGCACCACCAGCAGAUGAGGUCCCAGAGGGGGGAAAAUCCAAGACCUGCACCAUUGCCUAACCCCCUGGAGUGUGCCUCUGCCCU